GGCAAUUGAACACAAAGCAAUGUUAAAGAACACAGAUGAACUUUUGUGUAAAAGCCCAUUGUCCCUGACAAACACAAGAGUAAUAGAUACUGACAUUUGCAAGGCUAAAACCUUGUUCAUAGUUGUGACUAUUGGCAUUUUAAUUCUUCUAUCAGCAAUCGCAGCAUCCAUGUAUAAAUACCAGUUUCACUUGCUCUACUGCUGGAUACUGAUGAAGGGGUACCAGAGUACCCAAUUGCAGGAGUGUAAAUUUGAUGCCUUUGUUGUCUACUCCAGUCAUGAUGAAAAUUGGGUCAUGGAUGAAUUGGUAGAGAACUUGGAGAAUGGAGUACCUCCUAUCGAGCUGUGUCUACACAACAGGGACUUCCAGCCAGGACAACUGAUAACCUCCAACAUCCUCGAAGAAGGAAUCAUGAGCAGCAGGAAAGUCAUCGUUGUGUUAUCCAAAAACUUCAUUGCAAGCAGGUGGUGCAAAUUUGAAUUUGAUAUGGCAUGAUCGUGGCAAUUUCUCGAGGGAACACCGGGUAUAAUAGUGAUUGUGUUGGAAGAUAUCAAGGAGGAGGAGAUAAAGCAUGUGUUUAGACUUCUCAAAUACCUGAAGAAAAACACCUACUUGAAAUGGAAAGACAAUGCCCUGAGCCACGAGAUUCUGGACCCAUCUCAGGAAAGCUGUUCUCUCGGGGAAAAGGUGAUCUGAGGCAAAGUACAUAUAAAUUCAAAUCAGCAAAAGCCAAAGUAUGAGAUUGGGAUGUAAAACUGAUAAGAGGAGGAAAUUCCAAAUAUUUCUUAAGCAGUCGCACUGAGAGCAGACAUACUGUUUUUUAACAUUUAAGUAGCACACUGUUUGGAUCUCCUUCGCCAUAUCAUUAGGCUCUUUUCUUGUAUGAUAGCAAUAAGAUGCUUCAAGGAGUGCGUUGUUGUGAAUUAAUAGCUAGCAAGAUGGCAUUUCAAAACAGUGCACACCAUGUUGUGCCUAUUUGCUGAAUAAAAUCUGAUUGUAUGGUGCAUUAUGGCAGCAGUAAAGUGUUUUUUUUAGAAAUAAUAUCUACUGUAGUACACUCUGAAUCACUGUGACUAAAAUGUGCAAAUAAGGUUUCUGCAUCACUAGUUCAAAUUCUACAGCAUCUACCCUUCUACAAACUACCCCGAUACCUAGAUUACAAUCGAUCAGUUCAUCCAAUAGGAUCUCUCAAUUGGAUUUGAUCUUGUGAUCACGCAGGUGACAGGCCUGCCACCACA